AGAAGGAGACGUGAGGAAAAGGCAACAACUUGUCUAGGCCUAAGAGGUAUUACGAUCUGGAGUUGUGGAAAGCAAAGUUCACCUCCCUCAAAAUUACCUAGAGUGACCAAACAAUAUAGACUAUUUGAGUCAUUAUGUUCAUCCUAA